AAAUAAUUGAAAUUGAAUAAAGAAACAAGAAAAAAAAAUUAAAGAACUAAAUUUGCAUUGCAAAUAAUUUAGAAAAUCAAUGAAAGAUGGCUGUAUCAGCACUUAAUAUGACACCAUAUUUUUCUGGAUAUCCUUUUCAAGGACAAGGACGUGUCAAUCAAUUAGGUGGCGUUUUCAUAAAUGGUCGACCAUUACCAAAUCAUAUUCGAUUAAAAAUUGUUGAAAUGGCUGCCGCUGGUAUUAGACCUUGUGUUAUUAGCCGACAAUUAAGAGUUUCUCAUGGUUGUGUUUCGAAAAUCUUGAAUAGAUAUCAAGAAACUGGAUCUAUAAGGCCUGGAGUAAUUGGUGGAUCAAAACCACGUGUAGCUACACCAGAAAUUGAAACAAAAAUUGAAGAAAUGAAAAAAGAAAAUCCUGGUAUUUUUAGUUGGGAAAUUCGUGCUAAAUUAAUUGAACUUGGAAUAUGUGAUAAAACUUCAGCACCAUCUGUUAGUUCAAUUAGCCGUUUAUUACGUGGUGGAUUACGAGGUGAUGAAUCAAUUGGAAGUACUCGUAGUCAUUCAAUUGAUGGAAUAUUAGGUUCAUCUUGUGAAGAUAGUGAUACAGAAUCUGAACCUGGUAUACAAUUAAAACGUAAACAACGUCGUUCACGUACAACAUUUUCCGGUGAUCAAUUGGAUGCUUUAGAAAAAGCUUUUUCACGUACACAAUAUCCUGAUGUUUAUACACGUGAAGAGUUAGCACAAAAAACACGAUUAACGGAAGCACGUGUUCAAGUGUGGUUUUCAAAUAGGCGUGCACGUUUACGUAAGCAAUUGAAUGGUCAGUCAUUAUCAUCAUUUAAUACGAGUUUAUCAACUUCAGGAUUUAUGUCAAAUCCUACAACAUCGUAUGGCUCUUCAUCUACUCAACAUACACUAUCAGCAACUACAAAUCCUACAUCUGGUAACACUUUUAUUCCACCAACAACCGGAACUUGGCCAUCUCAUUCAACAUAUGGCAUUUCUGAUCAUCACAAUUCUACUGGUGGUACUCUUCAAAAUCAACAGUCAUCAAAUAUAAAUCAUCAUUUAAUUGGAUCUUCUGUAUCGAUGUCACCACCAGCUAGUUCUAGUUCUAUGAGUCCAGUUUCAUUAAGUCCAGUUCAUAAUUCACAAGUAUCUGGAAAUGAAAAUGUUAUUGCAAAUACUCCAAUCGGCAGCAAUUAUUCUUAUAUAAAUUCUUUUGAUCAACAAUUGCCAUAUUCAUCAUCAUCUAGUUAUGGAAAUAGUUCUGUUAAUAAUACCGCACCAAUUAGUAAUUCGGCUGAUUUUGCAACACAAUGGAAAUCACCUUUUGUACAACAAUCAAAAUAUUCAUCGGCAGCGGCAGCAGCAGCUGCAGCUUCUGAAUGGGAAAAUUAUAGUUCGUUUUUAAGCAACAAUCAUCAUCAUCAUCAUCACCCACAUAUGACAAAUUUCCAUCAUAGCUCAAUGGAAUCUAAAUCUGCAUAUCAUUAUCCUAUUCCUCAUAUGGGUGGCUUUGAAAUGAGCCGAGUUCAUUAG